AGUUUGGAUCAUUAGGGUAAAAUGUUUGGGAUUUUUUACUAAGAAUACUCAAAAAAUCUGUUUUGUUAUGAAAUAAGACAAAUGCAAACAUGUCGAUGGAUAUUAUCACUAAAUAUAUUAACUAUAAAUUUUUAUUAAAAGUAAGUCCGAGGCAGAAAUUUCUGCGAAGGACUAAACUUAUCAGACGGCAUCAGAAUGAACAAAAGGCCUGUUCACAUUAGCUUCAGCGGUUCUCCCACCACAAACAAAACACCAGGAAAUAAACAAUAUUUCGAUCGUUUCAUCCUAAACUUAUUUCCUCUGCCCAGACACCACCUCUUACGUGAAGAAUGAUGAACAAUGAAAACUGUUGCAUGUGAUGCUGUGGUUCCUCUCCCGUCUCAGGCAGGGAGGAGAAAAGCCGCUUCACUCGAAGUGAUUAGAGACACCGUCUCUUCUGGGGGAACUAGUGGCUCAGAUUCAUUUCCUGCAGAAGCUUAGAAAGUGUCGAGUGACUCUGGGAUCCGUGGGGGAAGCCUGACGUCGAGCGAAGCACCGCUGCACAGCCUCCUUUAGCCGGAGUGGCUGAAAGUCCAGAUGUGUGAAUUCACGUUUGGCCAGUGGGUUACCGCCUUCCUCGCCGCGGGUGACUCUCACAGGGUCCAGAGAGUCACCAAGAAGUCAACUUCGAGGAGCCAGAUCAACCGACGGGGUAGCAGAAGGAAGUCCGGGUUCAAAGGAGUUGGAGGACCCAUAAGGCCCAGCGUCUCAAACCGGUGAAGAAAACAGCUGAUCUGCGCCCAAUUAUAAAAUGGCUCUCUGUAACAUGUGAACAGGACUGAUAAGCCUGAGCUUUAUACUGGCAGCAGUACUUAUUCUUCUAUCACUACAGGACCCAGGAGAGAGGACGCCGCAGAAAAGGUGGACAACAGACGGGACCCAUCUCAGACCACUGACGGAAGGACAUGACGCACAUCCAUUUCUGCAAAACUACUGGUGUUGAUUGGGCAGACGAGCCCAGAAAACAAACUCAUGCAGAGAUGAUCCUCCUUUUCUCUGUGAGGAACUAACCAAUCAACAGGCAUGAUGAUGCCAAAGCAGCCAGCUCAGACGUCUCCUGGGAGCGUCUUGUCGCUUAGAGGGACCAGCGUUCCUGGAUCUCCUGCCGCUGCCAUUGUUGCCAGGGUAGAGGAUGGUGUCAUCGGCUACAAGGAUCUGGCGGCGCUGCCUAGGGACAAAGCCAUCUUGGAUAUCGAGAGACCCGACCUGAUGAUCUACCAGCCGCACUACAGCUACAGCCCCCUGGAGAGGUCUUUGUCUCCUCGCUCCAUCUCUCCUCCUGCCUCCCCAGAGAAUUCAUCCAAGGAGUCCAGGGACUGGCUGGAGAACCGGUCCCCUGGAGCUUCUUCACCUUGUUCCACCAUCCAGAGCAGCAGAACACACAGCUCACACACACCAUCAACAUUAAAUACGCCAAGCACACCCAGCACACACCCUGUGGGCAACAAGACCACCAUGCAGCACUUCCACCGGCCUGAAAAUGGCACCAACAUCUAUAAGAAGCCUCCCAUCUACAGACAGGAUGUGCCCUCCUCAGCGGUCCCUCAGGGGAAACACAUCGAGGAUCUAAUCAUUGAGUCCUCAAAGUUCCCGGCAGCUCAGCCUCCAGAUCCAAACCAGCCCUCCAAGAUCGAGACUGACUACUGGCCCUGCCCCCCCUCCCUGGCUGUAAUUGAGAAGGAUUGUAAGAAGAAGGUACAGAAGGAUGAAGAGGAAGAGGAGGAUGGAGAGCUGGAUGAUCAGCUGUGGGCUCUCCGAGUGCUUCAGAAGCAGGAGCUGAAUAAAAUCCAGUCCAACCUGGGGAAGAUCAUCCUGAAGGAGGAGCUGGGGAAGUCUGCCGGUCCUCUGAGGAGAAAGACCCGCUCUCUGCCGGACCGGAGCCAAAACGCUGGGUCUAACGCCUCCAAGUCGGUGUAUUUCCCAGCGUCCUCUAAGAGCGGUUUGUCCAGGCUGCAGUCUGCAGAGUUCAGCUCCUCAGAGAAAAACCCAACAGGUCUUCAGAACGGAGACUCCAGGAUGGACCGGGGGAACUCCCUCCCCAGCAUGCUGGAGCACAAGAUCUAUCCGUACGAGACGCUGGUGGUGACUCACAGAGGACGCAGCAAACUCCCCCCUGGUGUGGACCGGACCCGGCUGGAGAGACAUCUCUCUCAGGAGGAGUUCUUCAGCGUCUUCGGGAUGCCCAUUGAGGACUUUGAACGUCUCUCCCUCUGGAAGAAGAACGAGCUGAAAAAGAAAGUUUGUCUCUUCUGACCUUUCCGGAACUUCAUAUCCCAGAACCCCCUGCUCUUCCCAGAUUGGCAGGAGCGCAGCCGAACAGUGAAUGUGAUCUUCAGGUGGCUCCAUCGUCGUUAACUCUUCAGUUUGUGGUUGUCAUCUUAGACAGCUUCAUAUUUACAAAGAAACAUGAAGCGGGUUUAGAGUUCUGCUGCACAUGUUAACGUCUCCAGUUCUAGGUUCUAGAGCUGCAGAACACCAGCUUCACUAAACUACUUAGAGAGCACAAACAAUAAAAGACUUUACAGCGUGGUAGGUGGGUGAAGGAAGAGCUGCUGGUUCUGGUUUGUGGUUGUGUAGUGAUACAGGUCAUUCUGCAGUUGGUUCUUUUGAAAUCUUCCACAAACAUCAGAAAAAGACUCACGAGCCUCAACAUUCCCGCUGACUCUGAGUCAGUUUUCACAGCAAAUAAAUCUGGGUGGUCUCUGAAAGGGGCCCCCCUAUUGGCUUAGCCAGCUAUGAUGUCACAAUGACAGCAUUUCAUUCCCAGCACUGAAGAAGAGAAACAAGCAGAUGGUUUGAUGGCAGGCUGAAGCUGACUGGUUUCCAGUACAAACAAGUUGGACCAGUGUUCCCCAGGGUUUCCUGCAGGCAUCGUCUCUGUAGAAGAUCAGAAAUCAUCGACUAUUCUCUUCCAACCUUCAGCCUCAAAACGUAAACCCAAUGAUUUUUCCAAAGCAAAAACAACAUAGUUGCUCCUUUUGCUGAUUAGUUCUCCAACAGAGAUGGUGUCAGAGCUUUAGACUAAUAAAGGAUUGAACUGUU